UAUACAGAGCUCUCUCUUUCUCUCUUUUUCCACCACACAAAUGAAUUAUUCCUUUUUCCUUACCAUCUUUGGUGCUGCAACAGGUUGCUUCGUGUUUUUUCGAAAAUUCAGAUUCAAUCAAGACAUCAAAGAAAUUGACUCAUCACAUCCAUCUUCUUUCUCUAUUUCAUCAGUUCCUUCAUCUUCUUCGUCUCAAAACUGGACACACGAUGUCUUUCCCAGUUUCCGUGGGGAAGAUGUCCGCAUAGACUUACUCAGUCACAUUCAAAAAGAGUUUAAGAGAAAGGGAAUCACUCCAUUCAACGACAAUAGGAUCAAUAGAGGAGGAUCCAUCGGUCCCGAACUCAUAAAGGCGAUUAGAGGAUCUAAGAUCGCGAUCAUCUUGCUCUCGAGGAACUAUGCAUCUUCAAAAUGGUGUCUUGAUGAGUUGGUGGAAAUUAUGAAGUGCAGAGAAGAGUUGGGUCAAACUGUGAUGGUCGUUUUCUAUAAAGUAGAUCCGUCUGAUGUAAAGAAGCUGACUGGAUAUUUUGGGAAAGUUUUCAGAAAAACUUGUGUGGGUAAAAGUAAAGAGGAUAUUGGGAGAUGGAAAGAAACUCUAGCCAAAGUGUCCACAGUCGCUGGUUACCAUUCAAGCAAUUGGGAUAAUGAAGCGGCCAUGAUUGAGCAAAUAGCCAGUGAUGUUUCAAACAAGCUGAUUAGUUCUGUUCCAUCAAGUGAUUUCGACAGCUUAGUUGGGAUGAGAGCUCACAUGAAAAGUAUGGAACUGCUCUUACGCUUGGAUUCCAAUGAAGUGAGGAUGAUAGGGAUUUGGGGUCCGUCUGGAAUUGGUAAGAGCACCAUCGCCAGAUCUCUCUUUAGCGAAUGCUCUCAUUACUUCCAACUUAGUGUCUACAUGGAGAAUAUCAAAAGACACUAUCCAAGACCUUGUUUCGAUAGAUACGGCGCCCAACUGCAAUUACAGAAAGAGUUCUUAUCUCUAAUACUCAAUCAGAAGGAUGUCACUAUCCAUCAUUUAGGAGUUGCACACGACCGACUAAAAGAUAAGAAAGUGUUAGUUGUUCUCGACGACGUGGACCAAUCUGCGCAACUAGAUGCCUUGGCGAAAGAACUUUCGUGGUUUGGUCCGGGAAGUCGGGUUAUCGUCACAACGCAAGAUAAGAGAAUUUUAAAAGCACAUCGGAUUAACCUUAUUUACGAGGUUGGUUUUCCACAUGAUGAUGAAGCUCUUGAAAUCUUCUGCAUAAAUGCUUUUGGUCAAAAAUCCCCAUAUGAUGGUUUUGGGGACCUUGCUCUGGAAGUUACAAAGCUUGUUGGUAAACUCCCAUUGGGUCUAAGUGUUGUGGGAUCUUAUUUCAAGGGAUUGUCAAAAGAGGAGUGGGAACAUGAGUUACCAAGGUUAAGAACUAGACUUGAUGGAGACAUUGAAAGUAUUUUAAAGCUCAGCUAUGAUACGUUAUGCAAUGACGAUCAAGCUUUAUUUCUUCACAUAGCCUGCUUUUUCAACGGCCGACAUAUUACAACAGUGGAGGAGUGUCUUGCAGAGAAUUUUUCUGGUAUAAAAGGUCGUCUUCGUGUUUUAGCUGAGAGAUCUCUCAUAUCCGUCGACUCAGGAGUUAUAAAGAUGCAUGAUUUGCUAGCACUUUUGGGUAGGGAAAUUGUUCGUAAACAAGCCCCUUACGAACCUGGGCAACGUCAGUUUUUGGUUGAUGAUGAAGAUAUAUGCAAAGUACUAAGUGAUGGUAGACUAGGUAGUCGAAGUGUUAUAGGCAUAUAUAUUGAGUUGGGGAAGGAGUUGAAGGUAAGUGACAGAGCCUUUGAAAGAAUGUCCAGUGUCCAAUUCUUAAAUCUUUCUUGUGAUUUUAGUCACCCCAGUCCAUACGUACUAGAAAGUCUGAUCUGCCUACCUCGAGAACUUAAAUUACUGGACUGGACCGAAUUUCCAAUGACAUGUCUGCCUUCUAAUUUUAAUCCGGAGUUCCUGGUGGGAAUAAACAUGAGUUUUAGCAAGCUUGAGAAAUUGUGGGAAGGAAAUAAAACGAUUAGAAAUCUCAAGUGGUUGAAAUUGACUGAAGCCAAAAAUCUGAAGGAGCUUCCUGAUCUUUCAACUGCCAUUAAUCUUCGACGUUUGGAUCUGUGGUGCUGUUCAAGCCUUGUGGAGCUCCCUUCUUUUAUUGGGAAUAUGACUAGUCUCAAGGAAUUAUGUCUCAUAGGAUGCUCAAGCCUUGUGGAGCUUCCUUUUUCUAUUGGAAAUAUGACUCAUUUUGAACAGUUGAACCUCAACAAAUGUUCAAGCCUUGUGGAGCUCCCCUCUUCUAUUGGGAAUCUGACUAAUCUCCAGGACUUGUAUCUCAACGGAUGCUCAAGUCUAGAGAAGCUCCCCUCUUCUAUUGGGAAUCUUCAUUGUUUGCAAAGAUUGCAAAUGAAAGGUUGCUCAAAGCUAAAGGCCCUUCCGAUCAUCAUCAACUUGGAAUCUCUUUGGGAGCUAGAUCUCAGUAACUGCUCGUCGUUGAAAAGCCUUCCUGAAAUUUGCACAAACAUUGUAGAUCUAAAGAUUAAUGGAACUGCUAUAGAAGAAAUUCCUCCAUCAUUCAGGACGAGGAUAAAAGAAUGCAGACUAAGUACUCCAGAAAGCGAUUGGGAAAGCGAAGAAUACGGUUCAGAAGAAAGUGACGAAUGCGGUUCUCCAGAAAGCGAUGCUCCCUCCUCGUGUUAAUGGACGCUGAAAAAACAAAUCUCAUUUUCGUUAACAAUUUUCUUUUCUUCCAAAAACCUUAAUUUCAAGUUGAUGUCCAUUUUUUCGGUAUUUGUCUAAAAUUAUCAUUGCGUUGUGAGUUAUCUUGGGGUUUGAGUAAAAAUGUGUUGGCAAAAAUAA